AUGCCACGGUCCAGCUUGCUGUGGGACGGCACCGGGGCCUCGGGGAGCGCCGCCACGAGGAGCGUUGGCGGCAGCAGCGAUGUGAACCCAAGCAUGGCGUCCACGCACACACGCAGGCCGCCGCGGGACGACGAGCAGCGGCGGCCGCCUCAGCAUGAGCCUGCGCCGUCGUUGCCGAGUAUUAUUCCGUCGAGGAGCAGCGAGUUGUCCGUGCAUGGGUCCGUCCACGGUGCCGAGGGCCACAAGGAGGAGCGUGGGACGAGCAAGAAGGAGGCCCGACGGGCCCGCGGUCGAAUUCCAAUGAUUGAGCAGGGACGCCAUGGCAAGGGGCGGCAGGUGGCACUAUGCAAGCAGUGGAUUGAGUUGCACCGCGAGGAGCAGGCGGGGGCGCAAACGCUUGUCGACGUUGCACGAGAACUCUUCUACAAUGUCAUGGUGCGGUGUGACUCCGUCAUUGUGGAGGAUGGUUACGAGCAGAUGCAGCUGUUGGCGCUAAAGACGGCAGCGAGUUGUUUUCUCCUGGAGGAGAUCGUCAAGGCGCUUCCACGGCACGAGGUCCUCAGGCCAUGUGUGGUUUUUUUGCUUCGUGCUGUGUACGUGCCCGACACGCAGGAGAUGCGAGACGCGCUUGGAGGCACGCUGGAGUACCCGUGCCUGUUGCAGAACUGCCCUCUAGACCCCGCCACCCGCGCGCUGCUCUCCCGGUACGCACGCAAGACGUACUUUCUUGCCCACCACGAGCUGACGCAGAAGGUGAUCUUCCACGCCCAUUCCAACGCCUCCCACCUGCAGCACUUAAAACGCCUUCCGCGUGUCUUUGCGCUGAUGAGCGCAAACUGGAUCAAGUCCUUUCUGCGCAUCAUACUAAAGGCAUGGCAGCACAUUUGUCGCAUGCGGCGACAAGCUGAGCAGAAGCACCGGGCGAGGUGGGCGCGGCGAUUUGCGGCGGGGCGAAUACGAGCGGCUGUGCGGCGAUGGCGGGUGUAUGCGAACCUCCGGCUGCAGGGGGCGGCCGCCGCGGAGAGCAUGAAGGCCCGCAUCGAGGGCCUGAAGCAGAGCACGCGGAGCCUCGAGAACGAGAUCGCCUCCCUCUCGGAGGAGAGCACGCGGCUGAGCGCGGAGAUCGAGGCGAAGGGGAACCUCCAUGUCCAGUUUGAGAAGCGCAUUGCCGAGAUGGAGCAGGAGUACAAGGACAGGCUGGAGCAGGUGCGGCAGAUGGACCAGGUCGGUAGCCGCUUAUUGGACUCGCUCCUUCUUCAGACGCCGUUCCCGGCGAGGAUGGAGACACUCUCGCCGCUGGAGGUGCUCGUCCUGUGGGCCAACACAACACUUCUGCAGAGCCCCCUCGGCUCCCUCUUCCUCUCCGCCACGGACGAGGAUUUCCUGAGCUCCGUCGACAAGGUCAUGGAUAAGCGAAAGCAGAAGCGGCAGCAGCAGCAGCAGCAGCAGCAGCAGCAGCACGUGAAUCUGAGUGACAUCUCUGAGGAGGACCUUCCCUUCUCGCCGCUGCUGGCGGAGACGACGACGGUGAGCCUGCCGAUGCAUCGCUUCCUCGCACUCAUUCGCGCGAUGGAUUACGACGCCGGCCCCAGCAAGGAGGACCUCAAAAUGGUGUGCGCAUCCGACAUGCGACUGCGGUCGCUGCGGUCAAAAAUGGAGACCGGCAGCGAGGUGGUGGACCUGAAGGACCCGGAAACGGCUGCUGUGUUGGCGUCGGAGGCAGUCGUGGGGCGUACCCUCGUGGGUGCGUACGAGGCGCUCACAGGCACAAAGUGCAUUGUGACGGGGGACCAGUUGCUGACACGGAGGCGUGGCAUUCAGCUGGUAUUUCUUGCCGGCCUCAUGUGGUAUUUCUCCAACUGGAUGGAGAACCAGGUGCGGCGGCAGCGCUCCACAGAGGAGUCGCGUCAGCCGCUCGCCUCCAGCACCGUGCUGUCCUCUGCCGACCUGGAUGUAGCGGGAAGUGCGGGGCAGGGGCAGCAGGAGGGGCCCACCCCGGAGAACCACCUGGGCGUACGUGACCGGAAGUAUUUUGAGUGGUACCGCCCCCCGCAGAACCACCUCGGGUGGAUGGCGAGAGUGGAGAACCAGCGGCUGUGGAUUGCCGCCUCUCUGAGUGCGCUGCAUGAGGCGCUGAACCUGGCUGUUGAGGCUUACCCCCUCGUCCCCGCCGAGGUGCAGGAAGACACACCGGAGUUCUUGGAAAACGUGACCUUGAAGAGGUUGUCGGACAUUCUUCCGAAGGAGGCGAUCACCUCGAGCGCCUUCUUUCUUCGCCUCGCGCGGGUGGUUGAAAACGCGCUUCCAAAGCUGCGGGCUCUCUUUCUGCAAUACGCACAAGAAGAUCGCGCGGCCGAUGGUAGAGUUAUUGGGCCUCGGUACAUCUACUUCAUUGACUUUUGGCGCCUGCUGCGGGACUGCCGUGUGAUUGGGGGACCAGGGAAACUUCACCGCGCAGUGGUACGCCACAUAGUUGGGAAUGUCUACGGAAGCAACGGGGCACCUGCGGGCGGCAGAAACCCCGGUGAGGGGAGCAUCGCGCCGAGGUCGCGGAGAAAAGCCCGCUCCGUGCUUCUGUCGACGGAGAUUGAUGUGCGGGGUUCACACUACCGGUUGCGCUUCAGUGCCUCGGAGUUCAUGGAGCUGCUCUUGCGCUGUGCUCAGGCGUGGGACAACCUGCGGCAUCAGCAGCUGGAAAAGGAGCUGGAGUCGUCCCACAGAAGGAGGCCCGCGGGGGAGCUUGUCGCCACGACACCGGUCUCACGGUCCUCGGUUGUGAUAAUAGAAGACGUGGCCGCGGAGGCCGACGCGGGGGAGGCGAAGGAAGAGAUGAAGGAGAUCCACUACGAUAUGUACGACAUGACGUGGGCACUGCGCCCAGCCGCGGUGCGGGAUUUCUUUCACGAGUGGAUUAUUCCGCAUGGCUUUCGCGGUCCAACGCUGGAGCCGUUUCGCCGUGCCAUGCGCCACCCCAAACUGCGGGGCCACAUUAUGGCAAACUUCGAUGCCCUCUUUAGCCUCUUUUCGGCCUACGCGGGCCCGAAGGAGGCGUACGGCAUGCCCGCGCGGCUGCCGGAUAUGGAGUCGAGUAUGCGGAGGUUGCUGCAGGACGGGCCCAUGAACAUCCUCUCUUCUACAAAUAGAGCCAGUUUCACUGCCAACAUGAGUGCGUACCUACAGAACAAUAACAUGGGCAUCGUACGCGUCAUGACCGUGAAGGCUGCACAGCGCAUGGCUGAGUCUUUUGACUGGUUCCGUAUUCGUCGCUUGACGACGAGUGCCAUUGAAAACAUUUUUACCGCGGUAAUUGCCGAUGCGGAACACGAGCCCGACGUCGUCUUCUACCCCGAGUGGAUCGACAUGCUGUGCGCCGUGGCGCAGUACUAUGACCCGGACCCAACACGGCCCCUUCACGAGAAGUUUGUCCCCUUCCUAGAGGAGCACGUGCUGCGGUACUACAACAACACCUACUGA